ACUUUUCCCAGGGCGGAUGCGCCUGCGCUCAGCUGCCUGGGCGGGCUGGGAGGCGCGGGUUGAAAAGUCUCGUUCCAAGUUUGGAGAGAGAGAGAAGAGCGCCUCAGACCUCGGUACCCGCGAGCGGGGAGGAGGCAGGAGAGAAGGACGCAGCGUCUGGGGAGCACCCAGGCUGUAAGACGGAGCUCGCGCUUCGAGAGCUAGAAGUGGACGCGCCUGGGCGAGGCAGGAACGCCUGUGGUUGGGCUGCUGUUGGCUAGCGAGGGGAGUCCGAGGCGGCGGCGAGGGGCGAACGACCCGACGCAAGAUGGCGAGUAAAGAGAUGUUUGAAGAUACUGUGGAGGAGCGUGUCAUCAAUGAAGAAUAUAAAAUCUGGAAGAAGAAUACGCCGUUUCUGUAUGACCUGGUUAUGACCCAUGCUCUUCAGUGGCCGAGUCUUACCGUUCAGUGGCUUCCUGAAGUGACUAAACCGGAAGGAAAGGAUUAUGCCCUUCAUUGGCUAGUGCUGGGGACUCACACAUCUGAUGAGCAGAAUCAUCUUGUGGUUGCUCGAGUCCAUAUUCCGAACGAUGAUGCACAGUUUGAUGCUUCCCACUGUGACAGUGAAAAGGGUGAAUUUGGUGGCUUUGGUUCUGUAACAGGAAAAAUUGAAUGUGAAAUUAAAAUUAACCAUGAAGGAGAAGUAAACCGUGCUCGUUACAUGCCGCAGAAUCCUCACAUCAUUGCUACAAAAACACCAUCUUCUGAUGUGCUGGUUUUUGACUAUACAAAGCACCCUGCUAAGCCAGACCCAAGUGGAGAAUGUAAUCCCGAUCUUCGGUUAAGAGGCCACCAAAAGGAAGGCUAUGGUCUUUCCUGGAAUUCUAAUUUGAGUGGACAUCUCCUGAGUGCAUCAGACGACCAUACUGUCUGUCUGUGGGAUAUAAAUGCAGGACCAAAGGAAGGCAAGAUUGUGGACGCUAAAGCCAUCUUUACUGGCCACUCAGCUGUCGUAGAGGAUGUGGCCUGGCAUCUGCUACACGAGUCAUUAUUUGGAUCUGUUGCUGAUGAUCAGAAACUUAUGAUAUGGGACACCAGGUCCAAUACCACCUCCAAGCCGAGCCACCUCGUGGACGCUCACACUGCCGAGGUCAAUUGUCUGUCGUUCAAUCCCUACAGCGAGUUCAUUCUCGCAACUGGCUCUGCGGAUAAGACUGUAGCUUUAUGGGAUCUGCGUAAUUUAAAAUUAAAACUCCACACCUUUGAAUCUCAUAAAGAUGAAAUUUUCCAGGUCCACUGGUCUCCACAUAACGAAACUAUUCUGGCUUCAAGUGGUACUGAUCGCCGCCUGAACGUGUGGGAUUUAAGCAAAAUUGGAGAAGAACAAUCAGCAGAAGACGCAGAAGAUGGGCCUCCAGAACUCCUGUUUAUUCAUGGAGGACACACCGCCAAGAUAUCAGAUUUUAGUUGGAACCCCAAUGAACCUUGGGUCAUUUGCUCGGUGUCUGAGGAUAACAUCAUGCAGAUAUGGCAAAUGGCUGAAAAUAUUUACAAUGACGAAGAGUCAGAUGUCACAACAUCGGAACUGGAGGGGCAAGGAUCUUAAAACCCAAAGUACAAGAAACGUUUCUAUUGAAUGUAAUGCUACACGAAUGCUUGGUUUAUCAAGCGCCAAAAAGGCAUUGUAUAGUAGGACAUGUAAGUGGGAUGGCAUACGGCGUUCUUUACCUUCUGAUUCUAGCACUUUCAAGUGAGCUAUUGCGUACUGUAUCAUAUUGUAGCUUUUAGGGAAGAAAGUUAUGUUAAGAAAGAACAUCACCGUUUUAAAAUGCAAGUAGCAGGGUACUGCCUUUGAUUCAACUAUUUUAAGUCCUUGUUUUCUCAAACUAAGUGCUUGCUGUUCCCAGAUAUGCAAGAAUAACUUUUACACUUUUUCCCUCCAACACUUGUUGAUUGGCUUUGCAGAAAUAAAGUUUUAAAAUAAA